AUGACACCUUUUCUGUCCGAUGCCUUGAACAUCCGCAACAAUACAACAGCUGCAAAUUUUAAGCAAAAUGUUGUUUCUUAUUGCGGUUCAUUCAAAUGCUAUACGUUACGAAAAAUUGUCUACAAUUUUCCCCCAAAUAUACGACUUUUAGGAACAAAUCCGAGGAUGGAUCAGUUGUACUCUUUUGUUUCCGUAUGUUUCCUUUGUCCGUACACGUGGAUUGUUGUUGCUGUUGGUGCAUUGUAUAUUAUCAAGAGAGAAUACUUCGGUCAUUGCAAGUGUACUCUUGAGGAUCGUUUGGAUGGUAAAACAGUUAUUGUUACGGGAUGCAAUACUGGUAUUGGAUUAGAAACAGUCAAUGAGUUGGCUCAUCGUGGGGCCCGUGUUAUAAUGGCAUGCAGAGAUCUAAGGAAGUGCGAAUCGGCUCGACAGGAGCUUCUGACUAGGACCUGUAAUGAGAAGCCAUCAGUAUUCAGUGUUCAUUUGGAACCAGAUCAACUUAUCUGUGAAGAGUUGGAUCUGGAGUCACCAAAAUCUAUUCGAGAGUUUGCGAAUCGUAUCAUUAAUAGAGAAAAGUCAAUUCCCAUCUUAAUUAAUAAUGCUGGGGCAGAUUUUCCGGAGAAGAUUUACGAUGAGCUUGGGACUGAGAAACAUUUGAAAGUGAAUCAUCUGGGUCAUUUUCUGCUUACUAAAUUAUUAAAGCCGUGUUUGAAAGCCUCUGAUGGAGAACUUUGUCGUGUAAUUAUUCUCUCAUCUUUGUCACAUUGGUUUGCUAAAUUACACCCGAAUAGCGGGUUCUUGUCAGGUGUAGGCUCUGGUUAUGCUAUUAGCAAGCUGAUAAAUGUAAUUCAUGCACGUGAGAUUUGCAAACGCUGGUCUGAGGAUGGAAUUAUUUCAGUCAGCGUUCAUCCAGGCUUAGUGAGAACAUCCAUUUUUCGUUCAUGCAAAUGGAAAUAUGUGAGUUGGUGUUUGUAGUAUUUGUUAAAUCCAGUGUUUUUCCUCUGGUUAUAAAGCGAACUUUUAGUUUGUGCAUACCGUGUAUGUUUACCUGAUGUCUGUCUUUUUGGUUAUGUUGACCCAAAUGUGUAUUACACAAGUAUUCCAUAUUUUACGGAAACAAUCUUAACACAAACGCUCUUUUAAGGUGCAGUUAACUGAUCGUUGCUACAAGGUGCACUCUGAUUUUACGAAAUCUGACGAAGACUAUUACCGAACCGUUGAUGAUGACGUUGACUUCAACUCUGUCUGUGCAGUUAUCAUAGUAAUAGUAAAUAAAUAUAGUUACCCAAGAAGGGAAGUAUGGCGAAAUGAUCACCACUAGAGAAGGAUUAAGUAAUGAGUUUGUAAGUGAUAUUUAUACAGAUUGAAGAGUUGUAUCUGAAUUAUUUCGACCGAUGUUUUCUAAAAACCGUCGAAUGGGAAAGGAAUUAUUACUUCUUUAUGAUUGUGAGUGUUUUCAGGAAUUCUCAAAAUUUGUGGUAUAGACACUUUGAUUGAGUUCAAGUUAUUAACCUCCCUGUGAAUCCAGAAUGCUCGUGCAAUUACAACCUAAGGAAUCAGUUCCAUCAAAUUCUCCGUUUGUUGUGUGCAUUGCUAGAAAAUAGUAGUAUUCCUAAAUGAUACGAAAAGCCAUUUUAUUUCAUGUGAAGUCUGUCAUUUCUUAUGUUUGAGACAAAGCCCUAUAGGUCUCAUCAAAAUUAUCAUAAGUUGUAGAAGAAAUGUUAUGGUGGUGCGAUGAUACCCCAACUAUAAAAAUCGCACUUAAUCAGCUGACGACCAAUGUUCUUAGGUACGACAUGUGCGUGGGCCUUUUAGAUCCGAAGUACUUUUGAAAGACUGACAGAAGCCUGUUCCCACACUUGCUGUUUGUAGUGAACUCUUAGAAGUGUUUGAAAAGUUCAUGGUCGGUGUUUGGGUGUUGGUGGUAAUGUGUCUGAUGAGAUCAAUCUACGAAUAUUAGAACUCGAAGUGGUUUACGUCAAUCUAGGCCGUCUUUGUGUUAAGAGGUCAUCAUAUAUGAGUUAAAAGAGACGUCAGCGGAGAUCUUGCUAUAAUUUUCUUUUACACUUCAGAACGUGAGAGGAACCUUGUCACCUGAAAUAAUUCGUUCUAAUUGUAGUUUGUUAAAUUGAUCCGUCUCUCCUAUCAUGAUUUCUUCUUCUUCACUCCUAUUUAUUUGAUUGGUCAUACUUCCUUUCGUUUUUUUACUUCGCAAUCUUAUUUGUGUAACGCACAUCUACUUUGGUGGUCAUUUGUAACAAUAUUUAUGUAUUUGAAUAAAUAGUGACGUAAGUGGAGUUGUUGAAAUGCAUAUACGUGGUUGAUUUGUUUCUGCGUACUCGUGUGCAUGCAUCUACCAGAUUAUCGUAGAAUGUAGGACGGUAUUUCGGAACUGUUACAGUGAAGUCGUUUACGUCGAUUUUACUGAUUAAUAUUUGAUGAAACGCAUUUGUUUGAGCGGAGUUAUACUGUAUUGAUGAGCAUUUGUAAACUAGUCAGCUUUUACUGUUUGACUAAGAUUUGUUUUAAUUUUAGUUUUUAGUCUACUAUUUAUUUCGAUGGUUGACAAAAACAUCUCGUGAAGGUGCUCAGACCACAGUAUUUUGUGCCCUUGAUAAAAAUCUGAUUUCUGGUGCAUUUUAUUCUGAGUGUCGACCACGUAGGUGUAAUUCUCAAGCAUUAAAUGACGAAAUUUGCAAUCAUGUGUGGAAAACUUCGGAAGCGCUUAUUGACGAGUGGGAAUCAUUUGGUCAGAAGUAGAAUUUGAAAAUAUUUGUUAUUACUAAGUGCUGUGUUAAAUUAAUGACAUGUAAAUGCCACUGAGCUCAUAAAUUUUCAUGUCUUGCUUAUGUGAAACAAUAAAACAUUUUCUGGAUUCUUUUUGUUCAUUUUGCUUGAAUGACUAACAUUCUACAGUAAUUUAUAUAAGUCACUUUCGACUGUACACAGUUUUCGUUCCAUACGCUAUGAACUACUGUCGAUGAAAUCUCUUCUGUCGGAAUGGAAAUCUGUUUUUGAUAGAUAGACCGGAAGAACAGCAUAGAGUGACUGUGAAAAUAGUUUGUAGUGACCUGCUUUUCUCGACGAGAACGCGAUUGGUAUAAUGGAAACGAUUAUUAUAAUAACCAAUUGUACCAGUGAUUGUUUUAUCGUACUCGUUGUUGUUUAACUGUUUCAAAAUGACUUCUCGUUCCGCUGUCCAUCUUGUUCGUUCGAACAUUCUUACGCUCUGCUUUUCUUGCCUGUAAUCUUUGGCACUUCUCGGUAUUCUUUCGAUACCACGAGAUCGCCAAUAAAUAUACUUUAUCUGGAC